CCUCUCCUGGAAUUGUUUCUGCAGGCUCAACUCAGUCUUGGCAUGUUCACGGUGUACCCUUGCUCUGGCUCCAUCGCUCCGUGGGGCCAGCAGAAGAUCACCGUGGAAUGCAUCACAGGACCCUCACAGGAGGGGCUGUGUGAAGAGCAGUUCUACCUCGACAUCACAGGCAGAGAUCCUACGGACAAUCCCUUGGGCAUUCCCUUUACCCUGAUUGCUGAGUCCUGCCUCCCAGGAUUUGUUGAGGAUGUCUUGGCAAUCUUUGAGGAGUACCCGAUCUGCAGCAGCACCACCGACCUCAGCCACCUGCUGCAGUCAGUGAGAGGCAAGGGUCUGUUUGUCAGAGAUGAGAACAAAUUCAUCUUCAUCAAGGUUCUGGUCGGGAAAGAGGCCAAAGCUAAUUUCAAGAUCUACAAUGCAAGCAGUAUCCCAUGUGACGUGGCCCUCGCCAUCAAGCCCGCGCCUGGACUG